AUGUCUGGUAGAAGCGCAUCCACGAAAAGACUGACACCUGAGGAAGUCAGGCGUCAUGCGUCGGCGAAAGAUUUAUUUGUCAUAGUGCAUGAUUGCGUCUACGACAUCACGAAUUUUGUGGAGGAACAUCCCGGCGGAACAGACGUGCUCCUGGAGUUUGGGGGACAGGACGCGACAGAAGCAUUUGAGGAGGUUGAUCACAGCGCCGAUGCACGGGAACUUCUAAAAGGCCUUCAAGUAGGCGUACUGCACAGCCAUGUACGUUGCUACGCACCUUUUGAAAUCGUUGCCCGCCUCGCCCCGCAUUAA